AUGAUGAACCCACCCCAAAUAGCCACCCUCGUUUUGUUGCUUCCCAUCUUCCUCCUCAGUACAAUAUCUUCCUCACCAUAUGUAGAUGUAGACCCAGCAGCCACAGUGCUGUUAAAAUGGAGAAACACUUUAUCAACAGUACCCCAAUCUCUAUCUACUUCAUGGUCCAAAUAUAACGCCAAAAAAUUGUGCACCACUUGGUAUGGCAUUACUUGCAAUAGAAAUGGUUCGGUUAUCGCUCUUAACCUAAGCAAUGCCGGUAUCACCGGAACUCUGGCUCAUCUCAAUUUCAUCCCAUUAUCAUCCCUCCAAAUUCUUGACCUCAACGGAAACAAUUUCAGCGGCUCCAUACCACAAAAUAUCGACACCCUGUCCAACCUCGCUUCUUUCAUCCUCAGCUACAAUAUGUUUAACGGUUCCAUUCCACACGGGAUUGGAAAACUAACCAAUCUGCAGAAUUUAACUCUCUUUAACAACAAUUUCAACGGUGAUAUCCCUUCAGAGAUUGCCAACCUCCAGAACCUGUUGCACCUCGAUUUGGCCGGCAACUUUUUCAAGGGCUUUAGUAAGGAUUUUUCCGAAACCAGUGGUAACCCUUCCAUGACCUAUUUUAGCGCCUCCCUAAAUGAACUCACUUUCGAAUUCCCGCAUUUCAUACUAAAUUGUAAAAAUCUCAAGUUUCUCGAUCUUUCUCUAAACCACCUCACCGGUGGUGUACCAGUUUCCUUAGGUCAACUUACAGAACUUGAGCAUUUAGACCUUCGGUCAAACAAUUUCAUUGGGGAAAUUCCUUCCGAGCUCGGGCAGUUAACUAAUCUGUCCUACUUAUCACUAGCCCAGAAUUCCCUUUCCGGGACUCUGCCCCAGUCCCUGUCGAAUUUAACCAACUUAUCCGAGUUUGGAUUAUCCCAAAACAACUUAUCCGGCCCUAUAUCCAAUUUUCUCGCCUCGUGGACCAAACUAAUAUCCUUACAGCUCCAAAACAAUCAUUUCACAGGGGAAAUCCCAUCCCAGAUAGGCCUCCUCACAAAUCUCAAUUAUUUAUUCCUCAAUAAUAAUAGUUUUACGGGCAUUAUACCGCAAGAAAUAGGAAAAUUGACAAACCUGACAGAGUUAAACUUGGGAACAAACUCUUUAUCGGGUAAUAUACCUCAAUCAAUAGGGAACCUAAAAAGCCUCUUGAUGAUCGAUUUGUCAGAAAACAAACUCAGUGGGAAUAUUUCUGCCCAGAUUGGGCAACUCAAGUCCCUCCAGUACCUUUUGCUCAGCAACAACAUGCUGACAGGGCCCCUUCCCAACUCCAUCUCCAACCUCCAAAAUCUAACCCGGGUGCGUCUCGACCAAAAUUAUUUGAAAGGAAAUAUUCCUGAAUGUUUUGGCACGCUUGAGCAGCUCGUGUACUUAAGCUUGAGCGGGAAUCAACUCAGUGGCCAAAUCCCGUCCAAAUGGUCCUCCAACUCAUCCAUCACCGAUUUGUUGAUCAAUAAUAACAAAAUAUAUGGACCUAUUCCACCCGAGCUAGGGAAUCUCAAAGAACUACGCGUCCUCAACUUGGGCUCCAACAAACUAACGGGGAAUAUCCCGGCCGAGCUCAAGAAUUUGAACCAGCUUUUUCAUCUCGAUAUGAGCGGAAACCAUUUGAGCGGAGAAAUCCCCGGGGAGGUCGGCCAGCUAACAGCACUCCAGUUUUUUCAUCUGUCACGUAAUGACUUGACGGGGAACAUUCCAGAGGAAAUCGGGAAUCUAGGUCGCUUGCUGAGCCUGAACAUGAGCCAUAACCAUUUAUUAGGUAAAGUACCAGAUUCAAUUGGCAACUUGAAAAAUGCCAAGUAUUUGGUAGAUCUCAGUAACAAUUUGUUGUCGGGGCCCAUCACACCGGCAUUUGAAGGGUUGACCAACUUAGAAAGGCUGGACCUGUCGCGCAACAAAUUUACGGGCCAAAUUCCAUCAAACUUGUGCAAAAUGUUUGCUAUAAUCGAUUCCGAUUUUUCUAGCAACAAGCUGUCGGGAGUGGUGCCCAGCCCGAAUGCUUUCUAUGGAGUGAUCAAAGGACACGCUGGUUGCAAACUACUUUAA